UGCGAGUGGACCAGGAGGGGCACCGCAGCGCAGGACGAGUCUGCUUUUCCUUCGAAAACUCUUGGCGAAAACAGCGAAAGAAACUGUCGCACCAACACACCUCGGUGGCAUUAGCUCCAUUCCCCACACGCCGUCUUGCUGAGAGGGGAUGCUCGGGGUGGCGGGAAUGACCGGCAGGCUGCACGUCAUCAUUCAGCUAUGUGUCAGUACCUCUCCUUUACCAAAUUAGGAGGUGUCUGCGGAGGGAGUAACGGUGUUACAUCGCCAAUGCCCUGGCCAGUGCCGCCUGUGAGCGCUGCAAGAGUGGCUUUGCUGCGACCGAGAAGAUCGUCAACAGCAAUGGAGAGCUGUACCACGAGCACUGCUUUGUGUGUGCCCAGUGUUUCCAGCAGUUCCCAGAGGGACUCUUUUAUGAGUUUGAAGGAAGAAAGUAUUGUGAACAUGACUUCCAGAUGCUCUUUGCCCCUUGCUGUUACCAGUGUGGCCAUGAACAAUAGUUGGCACCCUGACUGCUUCUGCUGUGACAUUUGCCAGACUGUGCUUGCAGAUGUGGGGUUUGUCAAAAAUGCUGGCAGGCACCUGUGUCGCCCUUGCCAUAACUGCGAGAAAGCUCGCGGCCUGGGCAAGUACAUCUGCCAGAAGUGUCACGCCAUCAUUGAAGAGCAACCCCUGAUAUUUAAGAAUGACCCCUAUCACCCAGACCACUUCAAUUGUAACAACUGUGGGAAGGAAUUGACAGCUGAGGCCAGGGAGCUGAAGGGAGAGCUCUUCUGUUUGCCCUGCCAUGAUAAGAUGGGCGUGCCGAUCUGUGGCGCCUGUAGGAGACCCAUCGAGGGGCGCGUGGUCAAUGCCAUGGGCAAGCAGUGGCACGUGGAGCAUUUUGUGUGUGCCAAGUGUGAGAAGCCGUUCCUCGGUCAUCGGCAUUAUGAGAGGAAAGGGUUGGCCUACUGCGAGACUCAUUAUAACCAGCUCUUUGGCGAUGUGUGCUAUCACUGCAACCGUGUGAUUGAAGGCGAUGUGGUGUCUGCUCUCAACAAGGCCUGGUGUGUCACUUGUUUCUCAUGCUCCACCUGCCAAGCCAAACUCACUCUCAAGAACAAGUUUGUUGAGUUUGACAUGAAGCCCGUUUGUAAAAAGUGCUAUGAAAGGUUUCCUCUGGAGCUGAAGAAAAGGCUCAAGAAGCUGGCGGAGUCCUUGGGACGCAAGUGAGCGGCUUUCCAUCCAAACCGACGUGGACGUGUUCCUGCUGUCUGCCCAGCAACACGGACCCAGAGUUGUACCGGUACAUGAGUAUUUGUACAUUUUAAAAUGAAUCACUGUGGCCUUGUCAUAAAGGUGUCUGUUAGGAGAUGAGUUUUGGUUUUCGUUCUACACACAAAUGUAAUUUUAUUUUUAUUUUGUAACAUUCCUAAAUUGGCCAGAUAAGUUGUUUGUCAUCAUAGAAGUGUUUGGUGUCCCAGUUUAUUUUAACUUUACCGUGAGCAUGAUUGCCAACAGCUGUCUAAAAGUUUCUUGAAUUUGAAGAUUGUCGUUUGAUAUUAUAUUGGAUAACAUGUGUGCCUUGAAUAUAUGAACUAUGUGUCUUACAAUGCAAAUAAUGGUUAAAAUGACUUCCAUGCAGUGAUGAUA